GAGGUCAAGAACUAUAAUAUAUGCAUAUUUAAGAAUUAGUUAUUCUUGGUAUUUCAUUCAACACAGACACGCUUCUUCAAAAAGGUUCUGCGAAAAACAGCGCCUAAGAUUUAUCAGGCAACAUUCAAAUAAAUAGGCAGAGAAAAAAUUCGAUUCCAUCGAUUCCAUCCUAUUGCCCGUUACGAUUCCGCUGUGCUUCAAUAUAAACAGCUCAACCCUCAUCUCGACAUCCGAACUCAUCACACAACAAUGGCGCAAAACACAUACCACCCGCCACCAUUCCAAAGCGACCUUUCAGUGGGGCAAGAAACAGGCACCUUCAAUCAACGAUCCGAACAGUCCCACACAGCCGACGCCGCGACCCAACACCCACCCACGGAUUCUCCUAACAAGGGCACAACAGCGGGCACAACAGCGAGAACAACAGCGGGUACAAGAGCGGGGACAACAACCGGAUCAGGUCUAGGCCACGGCAUCAAAUCAGCCGUUGCGGGUGUUCACGGACUCGGCGAAAACAUUCGUGGAAACGUGAAUGCAGCUGUUGACCGCGCGAUGAAGGAUCCAGAGGGCGUGCGGAAGAAUGAGACGAUCGCGAUAGAAGGGGAGCGGGAGGUUGAGACCGGUGAGUUUAGUCGGGCGACUAAGGCGAGAGAGAGCGGACAUGAGUAUGACACGCUGUGAUUCUGGGGUAUAUUUUCGUUUUUAUUUCCUUUCGAUGGCCGGUUGAGAGUUCAAAUUGUAUGCCACUUUAGUUCAUGACUGUAUGAUCAAUUUGCAUUUUGAGUAAUUUCAAAAAAUAAAUAAAUAAAAUAAAAUAAACAGGCAGCCUCGUGGCAUCUUCCUUGCGAGUGACAUAAAUAUUCGACUGAAAGUUGUAUGGGAUCUGGCAUCAAGCUGAGCCAAACCGCAUCGCACGGAGAUCUGAAACAUCCUGAAGAAUGUGCGCACUAUUGUUCAUCCUCAUAUGUGCAGAUUGCUACCUAGGGUACGUCACUCGCACCGCUCGAAAUAACGUGACAGAUUUCAUGAAUAUGAUCGAGGCAUUGCCAAUUCAGCAUGAGAAUGGCCGAGUCUCGAUAUAUACCGGGCAAUUUGACGAAGAGUGUCAAUAGACUUGUAAAUGAAUACGCAUCAUCUCCCCCGAUAUAGAAAUGAGAUGGUGUUUGGCAGGAAUGCUCUGUAGGGUCCUGUGCAUAGCAUUUCCUCAAAACGAGGACCCCGGGCUCUGAAUCAAUCAAGUUAAAAGAGUAUAUACACUCACCACGGUCGGAUACCCUCAUCU